ACAAACUAUAUAUUACGACAACAUAUAUUUAAGCUUUAAUGUCUAUGCUCUUUUAGCCUAGGGGAUCUUACUAACCUACAAAUUCACGUCUGGUGCAGUAGUUGCGGCAAUUAUUGCUGCAGGAAAUGGUGAACAGGAAAAAAACGGCACUGACGGCGCCUGUCUAUCGUAGUGAAUACAUGCUUUGAGCCAAUAAUAUAGAUGGAAGCCCAACCAAGCAGCAAAGGAUCUUAUGUAUAUAGCUAAUAAAAAACAACAAAUAAAUAAAAGUUUACUACCACUCCUGUUAUUAGCGGGAAAUUCUGAGGACGUAAUAAUUUCAGGUACCGAUUUGUGCAAACAGUAUCUUACAUGCACGGCCCCAUGUCGUGGAGUAGCUUCCCCAGGGUAGAGGUGGCACAACCACAAACUUCAUCUGGUUCAAUUAAAGCACAGAUAGAGAUAAUCCCGUGUAAAGUUUGUGGAGACAAAUCGUCGGGAGUCCAUUAUGGUGUGAUUACUUGUGAAGGUUGUAAGGGUUUCUUCAGAAGAAGUCAGUCAAGCGUAGUAAACUACCAGUGUCCCAGACAGAAGAACUGUUUAGUGGAUCGUGUGAAUCGUAAUAGAUGUCAGUAUUGCAGAUUACAAAAGUGCUUAGCUCUAGGAAUGUCACGAGACGCUGUCAAGUUUGGAAGGAUGUCCAAGAAACAAAGAGAAAAGGUAGAAGAUGAAGUUAGAUUUCAUAGAUCCCAACUAGUCCGUCCUCAUUCUCAGCAACAAGGCCCAACACAACAACAUCCAGCACUACCACAAACCACUGAGACCUCCCCAGAUAGUUCCGUCUUUGACCAGCAACAACCGUCCUCAUCUAAUCAACAUCAACCUUACAUUAAUGGAGGGUAUGCUUAUAAUGGAGACCUCGGUACUUAUACACCUAAUGGUUAUGCCUACACUCCCCAAGCCAUGACGUUUGACUUGUCUGGAACAGAUUUUGUAGACAGUACAACAUAUGACCAACGACAGCAGUUGGAAACUUCCUUACCAGAUACUAAUGGUCUCCUUACAAUUACAGUCCCUUCAACCACAAUAUCAAACAAUUCUCAUUUGAAGUUGUUAGCAAAGACUGUCUCUGAGGCACACAGUCGUACUUGUUUGUAUACAACAGACCAGAUUAUAGACCUUGUGAGAAAGCCCCAAGAUGUCUCUCUCCUUUUGUAUUAUAAAAACAUGACACAAGAUGAACUUUGGCUGGACUGUGCACAAAAACUUACAGCAAUUGUCCAGCAAAUAAUAGAGUUCGCCAAGAUGGUUCCAGGUUUUAUGAAAUUGUCACAAGAUGACCAGAUUGUAUUAUUGAAAGCUGGAAGUUUUGAACUGGUUUUGUUGCGGAUGAGUCGGUACUUUGACUUAAGCACGGGUUCUGUUUUAUAUGGAGAGAAUCUUUUAUCCUUUGAAGCUUUCAUGACAUCGGAUACAACAGAAAUGAAACUUGUCACAAGCAGUUUUGAAUUUGCAAAGAGUGUAGCAGAACAUAAACUGACAGAUACAGAGCUAGCUUUGUUUUCUGCUUUGGUUUUGCUUUCUCCAGAUCGUGUGGGUCUUAAAGAAGUUCUUGAUAUUCAGCGUCUUAAUCAAGCCAUAUUGAAGUCGCUCCGGUUUGAAUUGGACUGCACCCACAAAUUACCUUAUAAAGGAGAUGUCAGCAUAUUGGAUUCUCUUUUGGCCAAGAUUCCAAGCCUCAGAGAAAUGAACAUUCUACAUAUGGAUGCCUUAGCAAAGUUCAAACAGACUUAUCCUCACCAAGAAUUUCCUGCUUUGCAUAAAGAGCUUUUCUCAGUUGAUAUGUGAUUCGUUUUCCAUUUGGCUUUGAAUGACUUUUAUGGCCUAUCUAGUAAAAUAAAUGAGACCUAAGAUUUCUUAAAUUAAAAGGCCAGUUAGAAAAGACAGCAAAGCUACAGGUUUAUACCUAAUAGCCUGCUACCAAAAUGAAUCCAACUUGUCAUUUUCUCUAUCAAUCUGUGGAGAAGAUUGAGAAUUGAAGUUGGGAUUUCUUCAGCAUUCCCAAACUUUUAGACUCUCAAUUUUGGAUGUAGUGUAACUCCAAUUUACACUUGUGGUAUAAAGAUAACUGAGUUGUUGCUAGCAUUGAUAGAAAACAUAAUUAGAAGAAGGAUGAAGGUAUAAGCUCAUACUGUAAGCUGGAUCUUUAUCUCCCUUCCCCCAAACAAAAAGUAAAAUUAAUGAAAAAGUCUGAGCUGAAUUGUGAGAAAGAUGUGAUAUAGAGUAAAAUUUUAUGGAAAGUUUCUGUUUAUGAGUGUUUUAUGAAAAGUGUUUAACAUGUAAAUUUUAAUAACAGUGUUUGUGAAACAACAGUAUGAACUUGCCAAACAUAUACAAACUUUCUCGUUAAGGAAUCAUGCUAACUGUAGUUGCAGAGUCAUGGCUCCUUUGAUCAUUUUAGUAGAGUAAGUUACUGCCAUCUUAGCUUCUCAUCUGGAGUGAUCAUUAGAUCUAGAUAACACAUUCAGUUCACUUAUUUAUGGUGCACUCAUUCAUUAUUGUUUUGUUUGUAAAGUGUUUUAUAAAUUUUAAUUUUAAGUUUGGAGAUUUUACAUUUAACCAUUUAAUCAUAUGUUCAUUGUCAUCAUCAGGUAUUUGUGUAGCCCAUAUGUUUCAGUCAGAAAUGGGAUCAUGAUAUCAGGGGGUUCUAGCAGUAGCUCAGGGCACACUUGAACACUAUAUCUGCUUACAAGUUAAUAAUUAACAUUAUUUACAAGUCCUCAGGGGAUCUCAUUGUUUUCUUUUGUUUUAUUACUUUUUGGAGUAAUCUACUGUGCUCUUGUACCUAGUUCCUCAGUGAAUUUAUUUGAGAGUAUUUCAGUUAUUGAGGGAAGAAAAGAAAGUGUAGUGGCAGCAGUUUGUCCUGUCAGGGUACAUGGAUGCACCAUGAGACAGAAACGUUAUUUAUUUCUAUACCCCAGCUAAUGUAUUCCUUUGUCUAGAGUAGUCACCAAUAUCUACAGAAUGGUACAGUCCAAGAAGGACUAGAAAAAGCACUGCCAUGGGAAAGAGAUAGUGUCUACCUCGCACCUGGGUUGAGAGCAGUAUUAUAGUGCUAUCACUGCCACUUUCUGCUUACUUCCAGAAAUGAAAAUAAUUAAUUUUUUCAAUAACUUUAAGGCCACUGUUAAGGGUGUGUUCCAUGAGCCCUGACCAUAGGUAGGAUAUAGUAUAUACAUGACAUUCACAAUUAAGUCAAAAUAUUUUUUGUCCCUCCCACACACACAUUUUGGUCCCAAUUUCCACCCAAUGCCCUGAUUGUAUUGGACUAACCUAGCAUUGGUAGAAGUUUACUACAUGCUUCUCAACUGUGCCUAGUAAGAUAGAUUUAGGUCUCUCCAAAAGACAAGCGACUUUGACCACUAGUGUGAUACAGAAGUUGAAAAUAGGACAUAUUUUUGUAGAGUUUUAAUGGUUAGAUUUUAAAGGUAUCUUGUUAUUUGUUGCUGAUGAGAGACAUCUUACCCAAGCUGUUCAUGGGCACCUAAGAUACUGAGCAUUGCAGGUGUUUGUGGCUGCUGAGAGAUAUCUUACCCAAAUGUUCACAGACAAUUGGAAUACUGAGCAUUGCAGGAGUUUGUUAUUUGUUGCUGACGAAACAUAUCUUAGCCAAAUGUUCACAGGCACCUGGGAUACUGAGCAUUGCAGGUGUUUGUGUUUGUUAUUUGUUGCUGAUGAGAGAUAUCUUACCCAAGCUGUUCAAAGGCACAUGGGAUACUGAGCAUUGCAGGUCUUUGGUUCAGUGUGAAGUAACUUUCUAAAUAGUUGUUGUAAGGUAAGAAGGCUCAUUCACUAAGCUUGGCUGGGUGAUGAAUUGUUAAUAUUGUUUCCAUUAAUAAGAAUAAGCUGCCCUUUAAUGUAUAUUUUACAAGAAUUAUUUUAGUUUGUCCUUUGUUGUAAUUAGCAUUUGUAAUGUUGCAUUACACAUUUUGUCUUCACUUUUAAGCAUUUUAAACACAUCUUCACUGUAUAAUAUACUCUAUCAUAAAUGUCAUAAGAUUUGUAAUAGUAAGGAAGAAGCUAUCAGUGUUUUUGAAAUUACAGUCCCUUUUUUAUCAACCUAAUACUAGAUGGUUAAGUUCAGGAAGAAAUAUAGAUUAGUUUGAAAAGAUAGUAACAAAGUUUUCAAGAAAUUAGCUAUGUUUUAGUUAUCUAAUACACUGCAAAUGACAAGAUUAUCUUCCUAAUUCUUAAAUGGUUGAAUUUACUAUAUUUUAAAAAAUAUGUAGUUUAAUUUUAAAGCUUUAAUUUAUUAUUAUAAAUCCAACAAUUUCAUGGAAACUACCUUAGUAAAAUAAUACAGUCCUAUAAAGCAAUUAACUAUAAUGUAAUUAGAUUUUGAAUGGUAACAGUAUAUUUCGGUAUGCCUCUUAAUAAACCUUUAAGAUAAUAUUUUUGUGGUUACUUAGAGGUUGCACAUGUGGAAAGUACAAAGUUCAUUCUCCAGACCACUUAGUAAGAAGUAUGGAAGGCUUCCACAGGGGGCACAGUAAUGCUAAGAGUUCUUAUUAGGAAAUGCACCAGACAAGAAUUAACUAUGUGCCUUCAUGCUUGUUAUCAUGCAAAAAUGCCUGACAUUAUUCAGUAAUUUAGUGCCAAUAGCUGUAUUACUUUCUACAUAAUUAUUAGCUUUUCAUCUUAACUGUAAAAAUACUAGCACUAUUUUUGUAGCUCAUUAAGUAAACACCAGUUUUCAAACAAGAAAAAAAAGCCCACUGAGCCCUCUGUGGGAUUUACCAUACACAGCUCGGUUCAGUUGUGGACUCUACCAUAGCCAUGUAAUUAACAAAAAAAAAUGCAUUUCUUAACUUAAAUGUACCAGGAUGGACUUUUUGUAUUUGAUGAUUUGGUCUGUUUUUCCUUCAUUAGGGGUUUCACCAGAAAUGAAAUAUUCAAAUAAAAUCAUUGUAAGAAUAAUUUCUGAUUCUUUUAGUGGGUUUUAGGUUUAAUUUUAUUACUUCAAAUAUUCACAUGUAUUGAACAAUAAUUCAAUUAUGAUCAAUAACUUAGUAAAAGUUUCUUCUAUAUUUUUGUAUAUGAACUGAUCACUUCGCAACAAUCACAAGUAAUGUAGUCUGCUACUUCUGGACUAAAAAGCACUGUUGACAUUUUGUUUUUAAUACAAGUUUUUUGUGAAACUGUAAUGUACUUAUUUAAACUUGGUAUCUAGCUUAUAAUAUGAUAUCUUGAAAUUAUGAUGUACUGAUAAGCAAGUCAACAUUAAAGUGUGUGAAAUGCAUGAAAAUGCUUGUACAUUACAAAAAAUUAUUUAAAAGAAUAGGAUACAGAGCUUUCUUAAGGGUUUGUUAGCUAUUACACUGUCAAAUCGAAUAUAUCCUUUCAGAAAUGUGAUUAUUGAAUGUAAACAAUAUUUUUUAAUCCAGAAAAGUAGUGGCCAUAUGUUACAGCCAUAUAAAGAAAUAAUUCAUGCAUAUAAAGAUAAACAUUCACAUCCAAAUCUUUUUUUUUUUGCAAAAAGUAUUUCUAAAUACUGUUUUCUUAUUUAAGAUAUAAUAUUGCUCUGUCAGUAUGUCUACCUCUAGGUUAUUUGAAGUCAACAUAUCCUAAAAAUAAUUAACUUUUUAAUUUUUUUCUAUAUAAUAUACUUUGAUGAAACAUCAUUACUUACAAACUUUACAUACGUAUUGAUCUGUAUUAAAAUUAAAGUUUCUUCACAUGUGAAUGAACCUAUCAGUGACAGAACUGUUUGAUAAUUAAAUGUACUAUUUUUCUAUCUUUAUAACACAUAAACAUCUAAAAACUAGCUCUCCUAAAUUUGUACAAGUCUCCACACGUUCAUCUUUCCACUUUCUAUAGUCAUCAAUAAAUACCAAAUCCACUAUACAAUACAAAAAAUACUUUGUGAAAUAGAUGACCAGUUAAAGGUAGUUAUAGUUACUGUAAAAAAGUGAAGAGUUGUAGUUUUUGCUAUGAAAACUGAUCAGUGUUUUUUGAACCUACAGAAUAUAUCUAUUUGUUAAGUCUGAUAAUAUAAUAGCCAUUAAAAGUUUAUAAAAUGCUUAUUGGUAAAAACAGAAUAAUAAACUAUAAUUAUUAAAUUGAAUUUUAUGCUGAAUUGAUGUUUUAUUUUGAAACUUUUCAGGGACAGGCAAUAAGAUGUGAUUUUUUUGUGUUAUAUUCUGAAAGCAACAGGACGAUAGGACACAAGCUUAAGAUAUGGACAAGACAGGCUAGGCUGUAUUUAAGAAAAUUAUAUUUGUAACGGGGUGAUUGGCUUAUGAAAUGAGUUGUGGAUGGUUUUUUACAUGGUUUAAUAGGGAGAAUCAAUAAUGUUCUAAAAAAGAUAGUGUUGGUUUUUAAGUUUUUAGUUUUCUCAAAUGUGGAUGUGCAAAGACAAUUUUGAUGGACAAAAUGGUCUCUCCUUGUUCUGUAUGUUAAGUUUGUUUAUUAUCCCUGAUCUGUUAACUAGACAAGAGUUAAAAAAUAAGCGAGUAUUAUGCAAAGAAACAUUUAUUGUACAAAAGAACAAGAAAGCAUCAAUAUUUAGUUUUAAAUCAAUUGGAUCAUCUUCUCAUAUGAAAAUGUUUACUUCAAAACAAUUCACAUAAACUAUAUAUCCCAAAAGUAAUUACUAACAAUGUAGAUGUAACUCGUUUCUUUUUUUCUUUCACCAAAUUGUUUUAAAUCAGUACAUGGGGAAUACAUAAAGGGGGCAUUUGCUCCCCCUACAUUUCACAAAAAUUUCACAUAUUAUGAAGUAAACUUAACAUUGUAGU